AUGGAACCCGAAGACGUCGCCCCCGGGGCAACCAUCGAUGAGGACGAUAUCUACGCCAACGGAGGAGACGGCAGCGAGUCGCAGCGGCACCGCCCGAUCAUCAGCGGCGAGCAGCUCGACGUCGAGGCAUACGCCGCCCUGUACGCUGGCCGCACGAAGAUCAGCCGCCUUCUCUUCGUCGCCGAGAAAUGCGGCAUCACGUCCAUGGAGCUGGAGGCAUUGCGGCUGGCGUACGACGAGACGAAGAAGGGGGCGAACACGCAGCUGUUCAGGGAGGUUGUAGCGAGGAUUGACGGGCGGUUGGGCCCAAAUUACGGGCCUGAUAAUGCGUGGGCCGAUGUCGUGGACCGGCGGGCCGAGCUGAGGAAGGAGAAGCUCGAGAACGAGCUGAACGCUUACAGGACAAACUUGAUCAAAGAGAGCAUUCGGAUGGGAUACAAUGAUUUUGGAGAGUUCUACUAUGCACACGGUCAACUUGGUGAGGCAUUCAAGAAUUAUGUCCGGACGCGUGACUACUGCACUACGUCUAAGCAUAUUAUUCAAAUGUGCCUGAACGCGAUCUUGGUUAGCAUUGAGAUGGGCCAGUUCACGCAUGUUACGAGUUAUGUUAGUAAGGCUGAGCAAAGCCAAGAUGCGUUGGAUCCUGUUACAGUUGCAAAGCUGCGCUGUGCAGCUGGGUUAGCUCACCUGGAAGGCAAAAAGUAUAAGCUUGCUGCAAGAAAGUUCUUGGAAACUGGCCCUGAACUGGGGAACAACUACAAUACAGUGAUUGCACCCCAAGAUGUUGCAACCUAUGGCAGUCUAUGUGCACUUGCAAGUUUUGAUCGUGCAGAACUGAAGAGCAAAGUCAUUGACAACAUCAACUUCCGAAACUUCUUAGAAUUAGUACCUGAAAUAAGGGAGCUCAUCAAUGAUUUCCAUACUAGCCAUUACGCUUCCUGUCUGGAAUAUCUAGGAAAUCUCAAGGCGAACUUGUUGCUCGAUAUUCAUUUGCACGAUCAUGUUGAAACUCUGUACGAGCAGAUACGCAGCAAAGCCCUCAUCCAAUACACUCUCCCUUUUGUCUCUGUCGACCUCCGCAUGAUGGCAAACGCGUUCAAUACAAGUAUUACAGGCCUGGAGAAGGAGCUCGAAACUCUCAUCACUAAAGACCAGAUACAGGCUCGUAUAGACUCCCACAACAAAAUCCUAUAUGCUCGGCAUGCGGAUCAGAGGAACGGGACAUUCCAGCGUGUUUUGCAGACUGGCAAUGAAUUCGACCGUGAAGUGAGAGCCAUGCUUUUGAGGGCAAACCUCGUCAAACACGAUUAUAACCAGAAGGCAUCAUCCAGGAAGCAUUAG